AUGUCAAUAAACGCCUAUCUGUUCUACCCCUUAGCACUUUACGCAUUCAGCUAGACUAUGUACUAGUUAUAUAUGCUACCCAACUACGUAGAGUAUCUAAAGAAUGAGAGUCCAGGAUGCUACUAUACUAAUCCAAACAAACUAUCACUUUUCGUGGGAGUUCUGUUCAUUCAAAUAUGCAUUUAAUUCCCAGUAAUGAGCAUCACCAGAAGUAUUUUUAUGAAAAUACUUCCAGAUAAAUUCCCUGUGGGAUCUAAGAUUAGAGAAGAGAAAGCGGAAGUUAUCGGUGAAAGAAUGUAUAAGCUGUUCAUCUACUCCAUUGCGACGAUUGGAUAGUUCUUUAUUCUGAAACAGAGCAAAUUUUUGCACGUUUUAUUGUGGGGUGACUAAUGGGACCCAGAAUAUUUCCCUAACUACCCUUGUGUCAAAAUCCCAACAAUGCUUGAUGACCUAUAUGUUCUCAAAAUAUCAUUCCAUUCUUAUGAAACAUUAUACUCUAUAGUAUUUAUGAGAAAAAGAAGAGAUUUCCCAGAAUACAUUCUUCAUCAUAUUAUCACUUUGGGAUUAGUUCUUUUCUCUUAUUGCACUAACCAGUUAUCAUUAGGUGCUGUAGUAAUGGUUACCCAUGAUUUUACUGAUUGCUUAGUAAGCGUAUUCAAGAUAUUCUCAGACGUAGUAGGAAAGACAUGGUAGUAUGUAUCUGUAUUCUCUAUGAUACUAGGAUGGAUUUACUUUAGACUCUGGUUUUUCCAGUAUUACGUGAUCUAUAAAUACUACACUCUGAACAGCAACACCGAACAUUAUGUGUUGAAGAACACCUUCUACUUCUUUUUCACAUUUAUUUGUGCUCUCUCAGUUUUGAACUGGUUCUGGUUCUCACUGAUGGUCAAAGGCAUCUAUUCCAGAGUAUUCAAGACUAGCAACGAAUUACUCUACCAAAUGAGCAAAGAAAAACUCAACUGA